UGGUAGUUUUGCCAUUAAAUGUAUAGUGGCAUUCUGGUUACAGGCAAAGGCUAUUUUACCAAAGAAUAAAGCUAUUUCUUGACGAAAUCUAUGCUACCGAGCAGGGGCGGACUGACAACUCAUGGGGCCCCCGGGCAAUAGGGGAUCAUGGGGCCCCUGUAUCCUUGCCCAAACUCAAAAAAGCCUAUCAAAAAGGUACCAGGGGCAUCUCAUGGGGCCCCCUACUGACCCCGGGCCCUCGGGCAGUGCUCGAGUUUCCAAAUGGUCAGUCCACCCCUGC